AUGCCCGUGACCAGCGAGCCUGCGUGUGGUUGCCGCCGGGGCCCAAACGUGGAGCAGGGCAAGUGGUACGGCGUGCGUUCCUACCUGCACCUUUUCUACGAGGACUGCACCAGCGCCAGCCUGGAUGAUGACCUUGGGGAGCCCCCUGCCUCGACGGACAGCAGUGGGUGGACUUCCGUCCUCUGGAAGGUGACCUUCUCUGCCGCGACCCUGCUGUUGCUCACUGGAGCAGCGGCUCUGGCCACGGGCUACCUCCUGCCCACCAAGUUGGAAGGAAUCGGCGAAGCAGAGUUCAUGGUGCUUGAUCAGCAGGCCGUGGAGUACAACCAUGCCCUGGGGAUUUGCCGAGCGGUGGGCACGGCGUUGUGUGCCCUGGCCGGGGCGCUCUUGGUCACCUGCCUUCUGUCCUCUGGCCUCCGCAGAACGAACCAGCGGGAGGAAGGACAGGACGCCCAGGACGAGCCGCUGGUCCCCGUCUUGCGGGAGAGUUCCACCGGGCAGAGAGGCCCCGUUGUCACGGCGCCGCCUGCGGCCUUCCGAGCUGCGUGGGUGCAGCGCGUCCAGCCAAAGAGAGACCCGUGA